AAAUAUUCCGGGAAAAAGUGAAAAGUAUCCUGGUCAUUAUUUUAAUUCUUCUUCUCACUUUAAAAAAGCAGAAGAAGUGUUUUCACUUGUUUACUUCACUCUACAGACAUCAUCAGAGACAGAUCGAGCUAAGAAAAAAUUGGUGAAAGAUGGAAAUCUGAUGCUCAUAGCUUAGCUUUUCCUCAAAAUUCAUUGCUUUCCAUUAUGGAUCGACUUAGUGAGCUGCCUGAAACGAUACUGCUUCACAUCCUUUCAUUCCUGGACAUGAAAGAUGUUGUCAAAACGGCCAUUCUCUCCAAACACUGGCGGGAUCUGUGGACAAUUGUCCCAACUCUUGAUUUUGUUAAAGAUGAAUGGUAUCCUUAUCGGGAUUUUGCAGACUUUGUGAAUCGGACCUUGCUUUGUCGUGGCAAUUCUAAGAUCAGAAGACUUAGAAUUGGUUUCUUUUCAAAUGAUAGUUCUCGUAAAGAUUAUGAUGGAUGGAUACUAUAUGCUGCAAAGAAUAAUGUCGAAGAGCUCUUCUUAGAAUUUCAUCAAAAUUGUUGCUAUUGGUUCCCACCUCACUGUGUGUAUCGCAAUUCGUCACUCAAGACAUUGAGUUUGUCGAGCUGCAAGUUCACACGUGAUCUGCAAAUAACCUGGGACUCAUUGACAAAGUUAACCCUCUCGUGUGCGGUGUUGGGGGAUCAAGACAUUCAUAAGAUUAUGGUGGGUGCUCCGAAACUGGAAGUCUUUACUUUGGAUUGGUGUUGGGGCUAUGAUAAUCUGAACCUUGACUCUCCUUCUUUAAGUACGCUGAUUGUACGUGAGCUUGAAUCACUUGAUCAGCUUGAUUAUGGUCCCAUCAUGAGAAUUUCAGCCCCCAAAGUUCAGUCCUUGGACCUGUCAGGAUCUCUUCAUAGGAAGUGUAUUUUGAUGAAUGUGUCAUCCGUCGUUCAUGCCACCGUCGAUUUUCGUCCACGUAGUUGUUUGCUUAGUGGAAAGAAGACCAUAAAAUGGCAGCGGAGGAAUAUAAUGGAGGUAUUUAGGUGCCUUAGACAUGUUGAGAGCUUAACUUUGGGCCCUGAGUGCAUUGAGGUUCUAGCGCUAAAGGAGAGUAGACGUAUUCCUUCUCAGAUUACAACUCACAAAUGUGUUACAUUAAGAGCACCUAUGACGGAAGACGAUCUUUUGGGGACAGUUAACCUGCUAAAAGGUUCACCAGCUCUGCAGACGCUUAUAAUAGACAUGCGAACUGAACUCUAUGACCGGUUGACAAAAGCCACAGAGUACUUGUGCAAUUCUAAUGGCGCAGACUACUUAGCAUCACAAGCAAAGCACGUCGGAUGUCUGCAUCAUUUGAAGACCGUCAAGCUUACCAAAUUUGUGGCACGACACGCGGUAUUUCCAUUUCUAGAGUUCAUUUUGAAGAACGGGAGGGUACUGGAGAAUCUCGUAAUCAUAGCUAGAAAGGAUUUAGACGUAAAUUCACCAGAGUCCUUGCUGGAAGUAGCUCAGAGAUUACUAAGCCUGCCUAGAGCUUCUUCCCGGGCAGUCGUUACACUUCUUAAGUGACAACAUAUAGUCAUUUUGUACUCUGAUGGGACUAUAUGCAUCGGCUGUUCAGAAGCUGUAUAUAUUGUAUUUUAUUUCUUUGAGGUCAGGCAUCUUGUUUUGUUCAAACAUGCUUUUGUAAGAUGGAACUUUUGCUAUUUUGUGAAGGUCUUCUCUAGUUGAAAAUAUUGCUAAGAUAUUUGAGUCUUGUACUGAAAAUGAAAACCUAUUACAUAAUAUUUUUAAA